AUGAUCAAUGAAAACCUCCAGCUCUUACCUAAUGUCACUUUGGGAAUUAAUAUCUAUGACAGUUAUGGUGGAGAGAACACAUAUCAUGCCUCAAUGGAACUUUCCUCCAGUCAGAACCGAUUCAUUCCCAACUACAAGUGUGGCAUCCUGAAUAAACUCAUAUCAGUUGUUGGGACUCUUGAUCCUGGAAUUUCCUUUGAUAUGGCAAAUAUUUUAAUUCCAUACAAAGUUCCACUGUUCUUUUUGAAAAGAGUAUCAUUUAACAACAGUGUUGGAGAUGAAAUUUCCUUUGACAAGAAUAGAAAACUGAUUACAGGAUUGGAAAUGGAGAACUGGGUCACAUUCCCCAACCAGUCAUUCCAUCGAGUGAAAGUUGGGAAGCUAGAUCCCAGGGCUGCUGAAGACCAAAUGUUCACCAUUCACGAGGAAGCCAUCACCUGGUCUAGCACUUUCAACCAAACCCUACCCAUUUCAGUGUGUACUGACAGCUGCCCCCCUGGUUAUUUCAAGAGAAAGCAGGAGGAGAAACCAUUCUGCUGCUAUGAUUGCCUUCGAUGUCCCAAAGAGAAAAUGUCAAGCGAGAAGGACAUGGCUGACUGUUCAAAGUGCCCAGAAGAUCAAUAUCCAAGUAAGAUCCAAAAUUCAUGUCUUCCAAAGAAAGUGUCUUUUUUGUCCUAUGAAGAACCAAUGGGAAUUGCUUUAGUCACUCUCGUACUUUUUCUCUCUGUAUGCACACUUAUGGUGCUGGCAAUAUUUUUGAAGUAUCACCAUACUCCAAUAAUCAAGGCUAAUAAUCGAAAUCUCUCCUAUGUUUUACUCAUCUCCCUCCUUCUCUGCUUCCUUUGUUCACUUCAGUUCAUGGUUGCACCUGGUAAUAUAAUAUGUCUAUUUCGACAAAUUAGCUUUGGCAUAAUCUUCUCAGUAGCCGUGUCUUCUGUACUGGCAAAAACCAUCACUGUGAUUUUAGCUUUCAUGGCCAACAAGCCAGGAUCCAGGAUGAGGAAAUGGGUGGGAAGAGGACUAGCCACCUCCAUUGUUCUUUCUGGUUCUCUGAUUCAAGUAGCCAUCUGCAUUAUAUGGCUCUUCAUAUUUCCUCCUUUCCUUGACACUGACACUCAUUCAGAAAUUGAGGAAAUCAUACUCCAGUGCAAUGAAGGUUCAGUUAUUAUGUUCUACUGUGUCCUAAGCUACAUGGGCUUUCUGGCAGCUGCCAGUUUCACAGUAGCAUUUUUCUCCAGAAAUCUUCCCAGUAGUUUCAAUGAGGCCAAAUGUCUCACUUUCAGCAUGGUGAUAUUUUGCAGUGUGUGGCUCUCCUUUGUUCCAUCCUACCUGAGCACCAAAGGCAAAUACAUGGUGGCUGUGGAGGUUUUCUCCAUUUUGGCUUCCAGUGCAGGGUUGCUUGUCUGCAUAUAUUUCCCCAAAUGUUACAUAAUUAUUGUUAGGCCAGAGUUGAACAACAAAGAAGAAUUAAUAAAGAGGAGAUAA